AUGGUGUCAGAAAGAGCUAAAGAGCUGUUCAAAGAGGAUGACGUAGAAUUGACAGUCCCGCCGAACGAGCCCCGUCCCGUGCUUCUUAUCGUCAUGGGGCCUGCUUCAUGCGGGAAAUCCACAAUCGGAAGUGGUAUAGCAGAAGACCUACACCUACCCUUCGUCGACGGCGAUACUUUGCACCCUCAAUCAAAUAUAGACAAGAUGAGCAAAGGGAUACCGUUGACUGACGACGACCGACUACCAUGGCUGGCUCUGAUAAGGUCAACGGCCGAACGAGUGUGCAAGGAGCAGUGGGAGCGUGGAGAGGUGAGGUCGAAAGACAAUGGAGGGCUGGGAAGGGCUGGCAUAGUCAUCGCUUGUUCUGCAUUGAAGAAAUGGUAUCGAGACAUUCUGAGAGGUGAUCCUCCCGCUCAUCCCGCUGCUCGACCAGAGAUGGAAGUGCAUAAACCAGCCACGGACAACCUCCAAACUCUGUUCCUCUACUGUCAUGGAACUCCAGAGCUCCUAGCUCAACGAAUAGCUGCUCGUAAAAAUCAUUUCAUGGGAGCUCAGAUGCUCAAAUCACAAUUAGCUACUCUGGAAUUGCCCAGGAACGAGCCUGGUGUCGCAUGGGUCGACAUCGACGGGACACCCCAGGAGGUCAGGGAGAGAGCGUUGCAGAGUAUGAAGGUUGUGGUGCGGAAAGAGGUAGAUGGGAAUGAAUGA